AUGGCUUUGAAUGAUGACAUGACGUCUCCUCAAGGGAGCCAAGAAGGAACUGCAGUGACAUUUGGUAACUCGUGGAAGGCCGACCACACAUGCCCAGAUGCAGGCAGAAUACUUUCAGACCCCUGUUCCAUCAGCAUGGAAAUUGAGAAUUAUGCCAGACACUGGUGCGAAAUGCUCAGAAAUCCAAAUGGUACAUUUGCAAAUUGCCAUUCAGAGGUGAAUCCUGAAUAUUACUACAAGCGCUGCCUUUACUCCACCUGCAGCUGUGAGAAAAGCGAGGACUGCUUAUGUGCUGUCUUCACCUCUUAUGGUCGAGCUUGUGCAGCAAAGGGAAAGUUUGUGACAGAUUUUGGAGACCAAUGUGAGAAACACACAAAGAGCUGUCCAUCAACUCAGAUCUUCACUUACAAUCACCGGAGAUGCCAGCUGACUUGUAGUUCACUGAGCUCAGAUCAGCGGAGCUGCACUUCACAUUUCUUGCCUGUGGUUGGCUGUUUCUGCCCUGAUGGUCUCUAUCUGAAUGAAAAAGACACUUGUGUACCCAAAGAAGAAUGUUCCUGUUUCCAUAAAGGAGAAUACAUUGAGGCAGGAAAGUCUCUCAACAUUGAUACUGAGCACUGUGUUUGCGACGAUGGAAAGCUUCACUGCCAUCCCCGGAAAAACGAGUCCUUCGCAUGUCCUGCUUCAAAAGUGUACUUCAACUGCUCCUCUACAAGCGCCAAGACCCUUGGACCACAAUGUGCUAGAAGUUGCAUGAAUCUGAUUGACAAUAUUUGUGAUGCAUCAGAAUGUGUCUCCGACUGCAUGUGUCCUCCUGACCAGCUUGAUGAUGGUAAAGGCUCCUGUGUGAAAAAUGAAAGUGAAUGUCCAUGCCAGCACAAUGGUAAAUUCUAUAAACCUGAAGGGACAUUUCAUCAAGAUUGCAACCUCUGUACUUGCAGAGGUGGAAAGUGGAUAUGCACAAUGAACAAUUGUUCACAGAGCUGCAUUAUUUAUGGAAGUGGACAUCACAGAACAUUUGACAUGCGACAAUAUGAGUUUCAAGGACAUUGUUCUUAUGUUGCUAUCAAGAAUAAUUGUUUUAAUAAAACAGCAGAGAGUGACAUUGAAGUCAUCACAGAAGAUGAACCAUGUGGAUCCACAGGCACAACAUGUUCCAAAACUGUCAGAAUUCAGCUUGGGAGAAAUGUGAUCACCCUCUCAGAUGGAACAUAUAAAAAGGACGUUUUGGAAAAUGGCACACAAAUAAAAUAUCAAAUAAUAAAUCGGGGCUUUUAUAUUGUGCUAGCUUCUGAUAUCGGUCUAACUGUAAUUUGGGAUCGCAAAACAUAUUUUGUUAUCCAGCUGGAAUCACAAUUCAUGGGCGAAGUGUGUGGCCUGUGCGGAAACUUUGAUGGUAACGGAGAGAACGACUUCACCACCCGAAGUGGGUUGGUAGUGAGCAGCCCACUAGAGUUUGCAAACAGCUGGAAAGGGGACAGCUCUUGCUCAGAUGUGGAUAAGCUUGUUGACGCUUGUGAAGAAGCACAUCAUCGAGACCACUGGGCAAAAAUGAAGUGCAACAUCAUAAAUGGAGACACAUUCAAAGACUGCCACUCCAAGGUAGAACCCACUCCGUUCUAUGAAAACUGUGUGAAAGACACAUGUGCCUGUGACACUGGAGGGGACUGUGAGUGUUUCUGUUCAGCUGUUGCAGCUUACGCACAAGCUUGCAAUGAAGCUGAUGUUUUGAUUUCAUGGAGAACUCCGGAAAUCUGUCCUGUCUUUUGUGAUUACUACAACAAUCAUGGUUCAACAAUCAACAUGAAUCAAGAAUCAUGCUUAUGGCACUACCAUCCUGGGACUCCAGAUACAUACCUGACUUGUUCAAAUUAUUUUCUACAUGUUCCAAAGCUUGAAGGUUGUUACCCUCAUUGCCCAGAAUAUGCCCAAGCUUUUGAUGAGGAAUCAAAAGAAUGUAGUACAUGUACACAUAUAUACACUCCAACUCCAAGCACUCCAACAUCAACAAAAUCUACCACUACAACAAACACUGCUACCACCACAGAAUCAACAACAGAAUUCACAACUAAAACUGAAACACCAACUACAACCUCAACAAUUACAACUACAACUCCCACGACAUCAACUGAGUCUACAACUGUAACAUAUCCUACUACAACCACCACUCCCCCCACAGAAUCCACAACACCAACGCAAUCUACCACUACAACUGAAACACCAACUACAACCCCAACAACCUCAACUACCACCACAUCAACUGAGUCUACAACCAAACAUACUGGAACCACAGAAUCUACUACACCAUCAACCAAGUCUACAACUGUAACAUAUCCUACUACAACCACCACUCCAACCACAGAAUCCACAACACCAACACAUUCUACCACUACAACUGAAACACCAACUACAACCCCAACAACCACAACUACAACCACAUCAACUGAGUCUACAACCAAACCUACUGGAACCACAGAAUCUACUACACCAUCAACCAAGUCUACAACUGUAACAUAUCCUACUACAACCACCACUCCCCCCACAGAAUCCACAACACCAACACAUUCUACCACUACAACUGAAACACCAACUACAACCCCAACAACCUCAACUACCACCACAUCAACUGAGUCUACAACCAAACCUACUGGAACCACAGAAUCUACUACACCAUCAACCAAGUCUACAACUGUAACAUAUCCUACUACAACCACCACUCCCCCCACAGAAUCCACAACACCAACACAAUCUACCACUACAACUGAAACACCUACUACGACCCCAACAAUUACAACUCCCACCACAUCAACUGAGUCUACAACCAAACCUACUGGAACCACAGAAUCUACUACACCAUCAACCAAGUCUACAACUGUAACAUAUCCUACUACAACCACCACUCCCCCCACAGAAUCCACAACACCAACACAUUCUACCACUACAACUGAAACACCAACUACAACCCCAACAACCUCAACUACCACCACAUCAACUGAGUCUACAACCAAACCUACUGGAACCACAGAAUCUACUACACCAUCAACCAAGUCUACAACUGUAACAUAUCCUACUACAACCACCACUCCCCCCACAGAAUCCACAACACCAACGCAAUCUACCACUACAACCCCAACAACCACAACUACAACCACAUCAACUGAGUCUACAACCAAACCUACUGGAACCACAGAAUCUACUACACCAUCAACAAAGUCUACAACUGUAACAUAUCCUACUACAACCACCACUCCCCCCACAGAAUCCACAACACCAACACAAUCUACCACUACAACUGAAACACCAACUACAAGUAUAGAAUCCACAACACCCUCAACUAAAUCUACAAGCCAAACACCUUCUACUACCCUAUAUGGUUGUCCUAAAUGGAAUAAAAUGCAAAAUGAGACCUUUUAUUUUUGCAACUGCACCAUGGCCAAAUGUAUUGGAAGCAAUACUCUUCAAAUAGUGCCCUAUGAAUGUCCACCCAUCCAAAACAUAACUUGUUCCAAUGGAAAAACUCCUGUUCUGGUAUAUGAUGAAUAUCAAUGCUGCCAACAUUAUCAAUGUGACUGCGAGUGCAAAGGGUGGGGAGAUCGUCAUUACAGCACAUUUGAUGGACUAUCCUACAAAUACCAUGGAAACUGUUCCUAUUAUUUGAUGAAAGAAAUUACACCAAGGGAUGACUUGGAAAUUUACAUUGAUAACAUGCAUUGUGAUCCUUUGGAAGAUCCUUCAUGUCCUCAGUCUUUAAAUGUAAACUAUGGAGCAGAACAUAUCAAACUGUCCUAUUUUAUUCUCAAUGGACAACCAGAUUUGAAGGCAUUUACGAAUGAAGUGAGUCAAAAGCUCCCUUAUUGGAAACAAGGUGUUAAAGUGAUAAGUACUGGCACUAAUUUAGUUUUAGAGAUCCUUCGUCUAAAUGUGGUUGUUAAAUUUGGAAGAACUGGAUUUAGUAUCAACCUUCCAUACAAGUACUUUGGAGGAAACACACAGGGUCAUUGUGGAACUUGCACCAACAGUCAAGGUGAUGACUGCUGGCAGUCUGGAGGAACAGUAUCAGAAGGUUGCGCUAAAAUUGCUGAUGGCUGGCUUCUAGAGAAAGAUAAAGGCUGCAAGCCUGGAGGAGAACCGCCUUCGAAACCUCCAUGCAGCGCAAGUCCUGUAUGUGAACUCCUUAAGAGCAGUGUCUUUGCUGAAUGCCAUUCCCGGAUCUCUCCAGAUAAUUACUACAAAGGAUGUGUUUCUGAUAGCUGCCAUGUUCACAACGGAGCGAAUGCAGUGGAGUGCUCAAGUUUAGCGACUUAUGCUGCUGCCUGCUCUGACGUUGGAGUUUGUAUUCACUGGAGGAACCACACUGAUCUAUGUGCCAGUGACUGCCCAUCAGGCAAAAUUUAUAAACCUUGUGGACCUGCAUAUCAACCAACUUGUGAGGACAGUCCUAGUGAUCCAGGUAUGGAUUUCACUACAGAGGGCUGCUUUUGUCCUGCAGGGAUGAAACUGUUCAGCAGAGAAUCAAAAAUAUGUGUUAAAAAUUGUGGCUGCCUUGAUCCUAAUGGGACGCCCCGGGAGUUCAAUGAGACAUUUGAAUACCAAUGUCAGAACUGUGUGUGUGAUGAGUCCACCAAAACUGUGAUCUGCAAGCCUAAGACGUGCCCACCCACUAUUUUACCAAGAUGCAUGGGUCCAGAUUAUGUCCUUGUCAAUAAAACUGAUCCAUCAAAUCCCUGCUGCGUUGUCCACGUUUGCCAAUGUCAGAUCCACGCUUGUCCGGACAUCAACAUGAACUGUGAUGUUGGAUUUAAGCCAAACAUCACUGUUCCAGAGGGAAAAUGCUGUCCAGUACUUAGUUGUGUACCUAAAAGAGUCUGUGUGCUAAAUGAUGUUGAAUACCAGCCCGGUUCUUCAGCUCCUGGCCAGAAAUGUGAGAACUGCUUCUGUUCCUCAAACUCUUCAUCUGGUGGUCUGAUGGAAAUCAAGUGCGAGAAGCAGCAGUGUGAAAAAACAUGCAGAAAGGGAUUCAAAUAUGUAAAAACCAACUCAGAUGAUUGCUGUGGGACGUGUGUGCAGACCCAGUGUGUGUUCGUUGUUAAUGGCACUGAGACACUCUUAAAGGAGGGAGAAACCUGGUCACCACCUGAAAAUAAGUGUGAAAGUAAGACUUGUGUUAAGAAUGGUGAGACUUUUACAAUCACCAACAAACAAAUAAUUUGCCCAGCAUUCCAAGAGAGCAACUGCAAGAAUGACACAAUUCAGACUGCAGCAAAUGGUUGCUGCAAAAUCUGUGUGGAAAAAGAGAAGGCCUGCAGACUGUUUAACCGGACAACUCCUAUCAACCACAAUGGCUGUCAGUCUGAGUUGAAUAUGCCGUCAUGUGAAGGAUCAUGCGACACUUUCACCAAGUACUCUGAAGCAGCAGCUGCUAUGGAGCAUUCCUGCUCCUGCUGUAAGGAGAGACGCGCCAGCAACCGCACUGUUACCCUGGCGUGUGAAGAUGGUACGCACGUCCAGUUCACUUAUGUGCAUGUGGAGGAGUGCGGCUGUGGGCACACAGAGUGCACCACACCUGCUGCACUGCAUGUUCGCAGAAAGCGACGCUUCACACUGCAGUGACACAGUCCUCUGUCCUCACAUGUGGGACCAAGAUUUAU